AUGAAUGUAAUGAAAGAAGAAAAAUAUCUCUUAACACCCCAAAAUGAAUGCUCGAUGAAUGGAGACAAGGAAGAUCAACAUCACUCAGCUGAAACAAGUGUGUGGAUAGGUUGUGAUGUAUAUGAUACAGGCAUUGGAAUACCAGAAAAUGCAAAACAUAGUUUAUUUAAAAGGUACAUGCAAGUCAGUGUAGGCCACGCACGAAAGCAUGGAGGUACAGGGCUAGGACUAGCAAUAUGCAAACAAUUGGUUGAGUUGAUGGGGGGUAAUCUAACAGUGUCUAGCAAAGAACAACAUGGUUCUACUUUCACAUUCAUUCUGCCAUACAGGGUCUCAAUUGCUUGUGAUAGUUCUGAUUACUCCGAUGAAUUCUCAGACAUGAAGCAUAACGAAGCCGCUUCUGAUGAUACAACAACAGAAGGUUUCUUCCAAUUCCACACAAACCGAACUCACAAGCUAUCGCCACACAAAUUCAGUGGAUUUUCCGAGAGUUCAUUCUCAUUUCCCGCUAUUUCUAAUGACAUCAUAUCAAAAGGGACGUGUUCUUUCGAUGACUCAUCUUCAGUUGUUGACGCCUCAGACAUGUCUGAAUCAGCUAGUUCAUCUAGUAAUAAACAUCAUUUGUAUAACACUCAUGCAUGGUUUCAAAAUGAUAGUGCAGAUUCUUCUCAGAAUAUGGUGGUAAACAUAACUACUCAAUGUGUUAGGAGAAGUAGUAAAUCAGAAGUAACCCAAAUCCAUAUCUAA